AUGGAAAAGAAGAAGAACAAAAAUUCAGGGAUGUUAGGAAAAAGUGCUUAUCUUUUGUCUCUGGUUUUGGCUUUGGCCUCACCAACCCUUUUAAAUGGGUCAGGUAUUUUCCCAGGAUUCAUAAAGUGGCACGUUUACGUUAUGAAUGAGUUGAGCAACAACCAAAGCUUGUUGGUUUAUUGCCAAUCCAAAGAUGAUGAUCUGGGUAGCCAUGAAGUCUGUGAAGGUGGGAAUUUGACUUGGAGUUUUAGGACAGAUUUCUUACACUCCACUGUAUUUUGGUGCAGUGUGAAAAGGAACAACAGCGAUGGUUGUGACAGUGUUGCUUCAUUUGAUGUGUUUUGGUACGAUGAACAUCUUUUUGAAAAGUGUAAUUGGAAGAAUUGUGUUUGGAGAGUUAGGGAUGGUGGUAUUUACUUGACAACUUUUUGUGAAACUCAUGCUGACUUGUACUAUCACUGGGGUGAUAUCGGCCAUGGUUGA